AACUGGGUCUUGAAGGAGGCCACAGAAUUUAAGAGGAAUAGGUGAGAAGGUAGAGGGGACACCUAGUGCAAAGACAUGGGGACAUGAGUUGUGUGUGAAGAACAGUAAGCAGGCUAAGGUAACUAAAAGUUUUUAGAGAUGGGAAAAAAAAAAGAGUAGGAGUCAGCCUGGAACAGAAAGCUUCAAAAGGUAUUUUUGAACUCUCUCAGUGCCUUCCUCUUCAUUUCAUUUGAGUUUUUCUCAUCUAAGUACUAGAGCUUUAAGCAGGAAAAAAAAAAAGAUACUCCAAACUUGAAAUCUUACCUGAUUUGAGCUCUGUCCCUGAUUUUUGAUGCUUUUACAAGAUAUCCUGUACUUAUUCUGUUCCCUCCCCUUCCUGGUAGUAUUUUCACGAGGGAAUUUAGAUGACGGGAAGCCUUGCUUGUAGUUGGCUUGAUUACAGAUUCCUCAGUACAGACACCUGAGGACAUACAUAUAGCCUGGGACACUGGGUUUCAGCAGAGGCAUUUUCCAGGAUUGGACUAUGAAACCAGUCUUGUCUUCUUCCAAUUACACCUGAAGCUAUGAGAAUCUGGUGGGUCCUACUGGUGGCUGGAGUCAGCACAGAAGACCUAGUCUCACAGGGCAGCUGUGGGCAAGGGCAUCCUGGUAUCCCUGGUAGUCCUGGGCAUAAUGGCUUACCUGGAAGGGAUGGUCGAGAUGGAGCAAAGGGUGACAAAGGGGACCCAGGUGAAAUAGGACUUCCUGGGAACCCAGGGAGAGAUGGCCUAACUGGAGAAAAAGGAGAACGAGGAGCAGAUGGAAAAGUUGAAGCAAAAGGGAACAAAGGUGAACAAGGGCAGAGAGGAUGGCCUGGAAAAUAUGGACCAAAAGGAUUUAUUGGUCCCAUGGGAGACAAAGGUCAUAAAGGAGAGAUUGGGCUUCAAGGACGAAAGGGAACUAAGGGUGACGUGGGUCCAACUGGGCCAAAAGGAAUAAAGGGUGAAGUUGGACCUCCUGGAGAUAUUGGCUUGCUUGGCCCUGUUGGUCCGAUUGGAAUGCCAGGCCCUAAAGGAGAUAUUGGUCCCAUGGGGCCAAUAGGUGAGCCAGGAGUCCAAGGAAUAAGGGGCUGGAAAGGGGACCGGGGAGAAAAGGGGAAAACUGGUGAUCCCCCCAUCUCACCAAAAAGUGCUUUUACUGUGGGUCUUACUGUGUUUACCAAAUUCCCCUCUUCAAAUUUGCCCAUUAAGUUUGAUAAAAUCUUUUAUAACAAACAGAAUCAUUAUAAUUCAACUAAUGGAAAAUUCACUUGCCAUUUUGAUGGAAUAUAUUACUUCACUUACCACAUCACUGUUUUCUCCAGAAACAUUAAUGUAUCUUUAGUUAAAAAUGGGGUCAAAGUGCUACACACUAAAGAUGGCUAUCAUGGUAAUGAGGACCAGGCAUCUGGGGGCAUAAUCCUUGAGUUGAAGCUUGGAGAUGAGGUGUGGAUGCAAGUGACUGGAGGAGACAAGUUUAAUGGCUUGUUUGCUGAUGCAGAUGAUGAUACAACAUUCACAGGUUUCCUUCUAUUUAGAGAUUAGUCAACUAGAAAAGUCCACACUCAAUCAUUUUUAUAUGAUAUUAUUUACUUUGGGGUUAACUCAAUCAUUUUUAUAUGAUGUUAUUUACUUUGGGGUUAACACUCACUGAUUUUAUCUUACAAUCUACAUUUUAAAAAAAUUGUUUUAUCAAUGUCUUUUGAUGUAGACAUCAGUGUUCCCAACUUUUCUCUACUUGCUGAACUUCCCUUAUAUUUAAAAAGCAAUCAAACAAAAUAAAUGCAAUAACCACAUGUGAGAGUACAUGCAACAUUCUGCAUUUCUGCCUCCCCCAUUUCUACUUAGAAGGGAAAUGUGGAUCUCAGAAAUCUGUUAUCAGGGCAAGAUUGCUUAUUAUAAUUAUUCAAAGUUGGUCUUUCACUGUUUUUUGUUGUUGUUGUUUAUAUUAUUGCAUUCAAUGUACAUGUUGUUCUCCUGGUUCUCCCUCCAUUCAUAUACAUAUUCCCAAGCUUUUCUGAAUUCCUAAUAUUUCAUUGUCUCAUAACACAAUAGUGUUCCAUUAUGUUUAUAUGCCAUAAUUUUUUCAGAGCCAUUACUUGAACUAUAGGUACCUUCUUUGUUUCCAGCUUUUUGGGUGCACACUAUUAUUGUUUGUAAUUGGCAUGAAUAUGUAUGAAAAAGGAAAACUAGGAAGCUAAUUCUUAGCAAUGGUCAUAACUGCUAAUUACUCUUUUCCUAAGAAUAAAUUUAGAAUCUUACACAA